AUGGGGCUCGCAGUUGAUGUACCCGUCGAGGGAGGCCUGGCGACCCUGUGCCGGUUGAGUAUGCAAAUCUCUUUUCGCCCUCCCCUUCUCGGCCAGACAGCCCAGUUGCUCCCCAGAGAGACUUGUCUUCUCCUUCUUCCGGCUGUUUCAACCAGCCUCUCUUCUCGUCCACUAUUUUCUAGAUUAUAUCACGACCCUGCUUGA